AUGGAUCAGACAACAACGACAACCGCAUCGGCCUCGGCCACCGAGAACACGCCUCUACUACCAACGACAGAACUCCGCCCCAAGUCGUCGCGAACCGUCACGUUCAACCCGAACCCCGUAUCCAAGACCAUCGAACCGGAGCCCAACUUUCAACGAUCAAAAUCAAGCCACGGCAACAGUCUGGCGGCGAGCCCCGGGCAGAGCUCGGCCCUAUCCUCCAUCAACAACAAGCUGCGCAGGAGAAACAGCCAUGGCGCCGUGCAGAGCCUGCCGCCGCAGAUGGUGCCCAAGAUCGGUCCCCAGCGGAGCACCAAGAACGCGCAGAAGCUGAAGCUCCUGCCCAACCCCGAGCUCAACGAAGAAAGCCCCGACGAGGAGAGCGGGAGGGACGUGUACUCGCAGUACACCAGGAUCAAGGACCCUACGGCGCGUAGGGAUGCCGCCCGGCUGGGCAAGGCGGACCGCGACAGGCUGCCCAGGGUGACGGCGUACUGCACGGCGAACAAGUACCAGAUGGAAGGGCUCAUGCGCUUCCUCAAGGGUCGCGGCAAGUCGAGGGGCGCCAACCCCAAGCUCAUUGACGAGUGCAUCUACACGGCGUACGACUAUAGCAAGACGGUCGAGAACAGGCACGAUCGCAGAGUUGGCGCGCAGCCUGAUCCGGUACAGGCGUACGAGAGGCGACACUCGACGGGCGACGUCUCGGAUAAUGGCUUUGCUCGGGACAACCUCAUCGACCUUCAAUCCGAGGGCCGGCACGACUCUGGUUUCGCCGACGGGUUCGAGGGCGCCAACAACGAGCACGCGAUGGUUGAGGGAGACUUUGACACGCAAAUCCACACCCCCGAGGUCUUCCUCUUUGAUUACGGAGUCGUUGUGAUAUGGGGAAUGACUCUGGCCCAAGAGCAGAGGUUCCUCAAAGAGCUUGCCAAGUUCGAGACGGAGAAGCUGUCGCCAGACGAUGUCGAGACGGAACACUUUAACUUUUACUACACAAAGGAGUAUCAGGCUCGUAUCUACAAUGACUUCAUCACUCUAAGAGACAAGAGGAAUUACAUGACCAAGCUGGCCAUUUCUCACGCCCUAGCACAGAGUGUCAAGACAUCGCUUUUCGAGGAACUGAUUGCUUCGACCGUCGACACAUGUAAAGACAUCCCCACGCAGAUCGCGCUGACGGGUAAGAUCGCCCUCAGCCGCACGCAAAUCAACAUGCAGAUCGGGGAGCUCUUCAUCCUCCGCAUCAACAUCCAUCUCAACGGCUCCGUCCUCGACACGCCGGAGCUGUUCUGGGUCGAGCCGCAGCUGGAGCCCGUGUACCAGGCCGUCCGAACCUACCUCGAGAUGGACCAGCGCGUCGGACUUCUCAACGAACGCCUGGACGUCAUUGCAGACCUGCUGGCGGUCCUCAAAGACCAGCUCAGUCACGGACACGGAGAGAAGCUGGAGUGGAUUGUAAUUGUACUCAUUGCGGCUGAGAUUGUCGUCGCAGCCAUCAAUAUCGUGGUGGACUUGUAUGCAUCGGAUUAG